GCAGGAGCCCCGCAGGAGAGGAGAGGAGGGCUGUCCAAGAAAGGUGGAGACUCUGCAACUUCCUGCACUUCAAGCACCGCCACCAUCACCGUUAGGGAGACUGGCUACGACUGGAGACACGGGCGAAUGGAUUUACUUCAGAUUUAACUCGUUUUUUACGGCGUUUAUCACGUAAAUAUCUUCAUUUUGUCCCACCUGGUUAGAAGCUAAGUUAGCCGUGGCGCCGCUCCUGCCUCCCGGAUAAAGUCAUUCCCAAGUCGUGAGGAGGAGAAGGUCUGGAAUGGAGGUGGUAGUUGAGUACGACUACGAGGCCCUGCACGAGGAUGAGCUGACCUUGCGACCCGGUGACAUAAUCAAAAAUGUCCGCUGCAUCGAGGAGGACGGCUGGAUGGAGGGAGAGCUCAAUGGGAGGAGGGGGCUGUUCCCAGACAACUUUGUCAAGGAGGUGAAAAAGGAUUCUAAAGAGACCAAGGAGACCAAGAAUGAGCCCAAAGAGGAGGCUCCAGCUCAGCCCCCUCAGCUCCGGGAGAAGUCUGCAGGGAACGUGGCCAACCUAGUCCACCGCAUGAGCGCCAUCGGGAUCCCUCUGGGGGGGUUCCAGCCACACCCCCCAGCUGCCUCCAAGAAGCCCAAGAGAAGACAGUGCAGAGUGCUGUUUGACUACCAGCCCCAGAACGAAGACGAGCUCGAGCUAAAGGUGGGAGACAUCAUCGACGUCACAGAAGAGGUAGAGGAGGGCUGGUGGAGUGGUGCUUUUAAUGGAAAGUCUGGACUUUUUCCUUCAAACUUUGUCAAAGAACUGGACGCAGCUGCAGAGGACGGAGAGCCCAGUGAGGCCACACCAGAGGAGCCGGGAAUGAAAGACGGAUCUGUAGAAGCACCUGCCUCAGAAAAUGUCACCUCCCCCACGUCACCUCCAGGGAGCUCGGGGAACGGAGCGCUGCGGCCCCCCUCUAAGAUCAUGGGGGUCGGUUUUGGAGACAUCUUCGCUGGAACUCAUUUGAAAUUAAAACCUGUCCCAUCUGUACCAUCCGCAAAGCCUGCCCAUCCCAACCAUCCCACCCCCACCUCGACAGAAGCACCCAAAGGAGACACAACAGAGGGCAGGGGCUCCGUGAAACGACACACAAAAGAAUACUGCAAAGUGACAUUUGCAUUUGAGGCCACAAAUGAAGACGAACUCACACUAAAGGAGGGGGACAUCAUCCACAUCCUCAGCAAGGACACGGGGGAGCCUGGCUGGUGGAGAGGGGAGGUCGGAGGGAAAGAGGGCGUGUUCCCCGACAACUUUGUGACGGUGGUCAAUGAUGCAGACAAAGAUAUCGGAGCAUUAAGAGGGUCUCUAAAAUCGUCACUAAGGUCGGAUCAUGAAGCGAAACCAAGAAAGCCACCGCCUCCGUCAAAGCAAAGUAUUGUGCUUAAACCAGAGGUGCCAAGUGCGGAGAAGAAACCCCAUCCUAUCCGGUCAGAGGAUAAAGUUGACAAACCAGUGCCAGAAAAGCACUCAAAACCUGCGCCGCUGCCCCCGCCCAAGCCCGGGGCCGGGAAGGGUCGCCCCAUGAGUCACCCACCCAAACGCCCAGAAAAACCCCUCGCCCCCUCUGCCAGCCUCAGACACAAUGGAGAGGUGCCUUCUACUCGGUCAAAGCCAGAGCCGGAGCCGUUACCGCAAUUACCCGUGUCCAGACCCAGGGCUCCAUCUGUAGAGGUCACAGACAAGCCUGCGGAGCCCGACCUGAUGAGUUUUGACGAUUUGACGUCUACCUCACACAAGCUCUCCCACCCGACUGCAGACAGACCAAAGAUGCCUGGGAAGAGACCGCCCACACAGUUUGGAAGCCCCUCGCCUCACAAGGAAGUGAAUGCAGAGAAGUUCACUAAGACGGAUGAAGAGGACUCAGCCAAACCAAAGCUAACAGAAACCAAAAAGCCUUCCAUCAGCACCGUGUCCCAGUCUUCUUCUCAUCUGAGGACCAGUUUAAGCACCGAGGCCAAGUCCACUGCCCCUGCCCCUAGUGGCGGCGGCGUGGACAGCACCAGCGCCGGAGUGAAAGGUCGCCUGGAGCCGGAGGACCAGAGUGCGGGCUACGAGGAGCUCAGGAGUCAGAUGAGAGAGCUGCUGCUGACUGUGGAGCUGCUCAAGACUCAACAGACGAAAGAGAUCUUGGAGCUGCGCGGUGAGCUGGAAGAGGAGCGGCACAAGCGCCUAGCCCUGCAGAUGGAGAUAGAAAAACUGAAGCGGACUGUCCAGCUGACGUGAAGCUCAUGAUCCAGUCACACGCGAGCCUGGCGGUCAGCUUCCAAUGUGUGGACCAAUCAGAGCGCUGGAGGGCGGGCUUUACAGCUCUUCUAUUGAGAAGGACCCAGUCUCAAAGCGGACCAACUCCAGCACAAUCUUUUUACAAACAUAGACGCUCUGUAUUUGUAAGAUUUCCAUUUUGCACAUUUUUCAAGCUUGACAUCAUUUUGUUCAGACGUUUCUUUUUCUUUUGCCAACACAAGCUGCGGCCUUAUGCAGACUACUGCUGAAACCUGUCCUCUGCGGACGAGGCUCGCUCUCACUACUACUGACUUUGGACAGCAGGGGGCGCUUGCUUCUCCCACUUCUCUUUUCAUUUUUUUUAUAAUCCAGGAAUUGAUUUUAAAAAUAUGAUUUAAGCUAACAUAAAUUUUUCUUUUUCUUCACCUGUCAGCAAUCUUUUCUUUGUCUUUUAUAUGUCUUCUUGCAUUCUUAUCCAGGGUAACACUACUGUGCCUGUUCUGAAAUCUCUAAGUGUUUAUAUUGGGAGCUUCUUUUUUACCGAAAUGGUGUCUGGAGUCUAUAGCAUGAUAUUGUAAAUGUCUAUUUUUGAAGUCUACUGACCACAUGCCUAUAGUCCAUGUAGAGGGCCUCUUCUCUCACUCUCUCCUGUUUCUGUCAACCUUUUUUAAAACUGGGAAAUUACAUACACAUUAUAUCCAAGUCCAUUGUCUCACUGAGCAUCUAAACUGCGUGACUACAACUAGAUAUUUGAAAAGAAAGAUUCUCAAGCAGAAGCUGUUUCUACUACUAUAAAUAAUACUAGAAUUGGAAUUUUCUGAACUUACAGAGAUUGGAUUUUAGCCAAACACCAGACCAAAAGAAAAAGAUAAAUAAAAAAAUUAAUUAAAUAUAAAAUUAUUCCCAAAUUAUUCAUUGACAUCUGUAGUAUGUUGACUUGCACUAUUACAGGGUAAGUAUAGCGUGAUCAAAUUAUAUGUAUAUAUAUGGAACUGGAGCAGCAGAUGUAAGCAGUCUAACUCAUUUUUAUUCUUCAUUUAACCUGGAGGUGUCAGUUCUUAUGACAGUGGCUCCAGGCAAAAAAAGUCCAUGCUACAUAUAAAACGUGAGAAAACUUCAAAUUACCUGCUUUUGGGUCUUACCUGGCCUCCACUCUUUAUUCAUUCCUUGUUUGAUCUGAAAAGUUUUUGUUUUCACCAACAGUUGCCAUGUUUGAUGCUCAGUGAUUUUUAUUUUUUAUUUUUGGUUAAAUCUUUAUCUGUCCUGUCACAUUCCACAUCUGUCUCAACUGGAUUCACCCAAAAUAGUUGUACCUCAAAGCCCACUCGGGGUCCUAUUCCUGAAACUUACAAAAUCGCUCACAUUGUCUUCUUGAAAUAUCAGGUUGUUACAGUCCGCAGGUAUAAAUACAUUUGUUUUCUAUUCAAAUUCCUUGCAACAAGCUCACACAGAUUGCAUACAGAUUUUAGUAAUAACAAUCUUUAAUAUCUGAUGCAGUGUCAUGAAAUAUAGACAUGAAAUAUUACGUUGCCAUUAAAGUAUGUGUGGUGUUUUAAAGAGCUCUUAUGGAAAAAGCUGUACACUGCAGUUAUAUGCAAAUAUUGAAUGGGUUUUAUUGGGUUUAAAGCUACCAUCUGUAAGUUUAUUAGAUGUUUUCCCCUCACAUCUAAUAACCUUUGUUCAGACUCACCUGUGCUCUCUGGUCUUCUUCUUUUAGACCAAAACUGGCACGAUAUCAGCCAGCACUAACGUAGACCGUAUCUAGUGGUGAUGUGUGAGAGUACAACGUGACUGGGUGGGCCAGUCUAAUUACAGAUGGUAGCUUUAACACAAUUCAGUUACCAAAAACGGUUAAAUUCCCCUUUUUCUGCUGCUUUUUAAUAGUUAUUGGAGUAUUUCUGUUAGUCUCAUACUGCAUUUGUUUUGCUUUUCCAUGGAAGUAAAAACUAGUGGAAUGAGAUGGAGCACCUCAAGUCAAACCCAUGUUUUGUUUCAUUUCAGUCAGAGAAAUCAGGACUUAAAAAAAUAGGUGUACCAAUUCUGGACAAAAUCUGGAUAAAACAAAAACAAAGAAACUGUAAACAUUUUAACCAGGGUAAAAAGAAGACUUAACCCCGAUUUAGGCACAUUUUAUUGGGUUAAGUCCUUGGGUUAAAUUCCAGGAGGAGAUUUUCCACUCUGCUGUAAAUCUGAAAAACUGACAUCUUAAAUAAAGAGUUAUUUUUAUUUUACAUCUUCUGUCGACAUCAAUCACAGUCAAUGUCAACACUGCAUAACUUUCACUUAAUUUGAUUUAAAAAGUCUGGAUGCUUUGACUAAAGACUCUCUAUCUAACUUCACUUUCAUGGUGCACUGUGUAACUUUUCUACCUGCCUGUCUUUGUGGAGAUCUGGAAUGUUCCUCAAUAUGGCAUUAAACUUAUCUAGCUCCAUGGAGACAAGGAGGUGGCACUAAAAUACCAAGUUACAGGUCAGAAUUGUGGAGAGGAGAGCCAUUUGAGAAAAAAAGUUUGUUUUUCAAAGAGUCUUGGAGUAAUAAAAACACCUGUAAUUGAGCAAAUGCAAAAUGGAUACGUUUAAUGCGGAAUAUUCCAGGCAAAGCAAUAACAUCUCCAUGGAGACAAGCAGGAGGCAAAUGCAAAAAGUCAGUGCGUCUUUUGCUUCAAUUCUUUUUUUUUUUUCAACUUCACAAAUGGGCUUUCACAAUGACCACAUACCAGUACUGUAUAAAGUUGGGAGAUAGUGUUUAAUAAUAUAUAAUCUAGAGAUGUUAUUAUUAAAGGCAGUUUUAUUGGCAGCAGCAAAAGGAGAUGGAGCUGACCUGCUCUGUGUUUCAGAUGCUGUAAAAUCAGACAUUCCUUUUAAAACUCACAAAUGUCUUAAAAUGUCUCUCGUAAAUCGGACCAAUAAAACCACAUAUUCUUCCACUGACUACAUUCCACAAGAGGAGAAGAAAUCGGAGCACAUUUAUAACAUAUUUUCAUGUGAUUUUUGUUUACAAGAGCUGUAUUCUUGCAUGAGCUGAGAUUCCAUACAAAAUAAAUAUCUUUAAUACAGA